UGAUGUGACGCUCCACAAAUAUACUGUAGUGAUGGUGAAGUGGUUCGUGCAUUGGCUGUGAUAUGUCGUACUAUAGUUUUAAUACAGAGAGGUGUCCUAUAAUUAAAUCUGCCAUGGCAUCUCCACACUACAGUUUGAGAUGGAAUAACCAUCAGAACCACAUCCUCAACGCAUUUGACACACUGCUGCAAAAUGAAACACUUGUGGAUGUCACUCUCGUGUGUGAAGAGACAAGUGUUCGAGCACAUAAAGUUGUUCUGUCGGCUUGUAGUCCCUACUUCCAAAGGAUAUUCUCAGAGAAUCCUUGUAAGCAUCCUGUCAUUGUGCUGAAGGACUUGCGGGGAUGGGAAGUCCAAGCAAUUGUAGACUUCAUGUAUAAGGGUGAAAUAAGUGUCAUCCAAGAACAAUUAACAUCGCUUAUAAAAGCUGCUGAGUCAUUGCAGGUGCGUGGUCUGGCUCACACAGAGCAUGCUGUUUCGGAAAAGGAUCAGCCACAUACGUCACCACCACCACCUCCUCCACCACCUCCAUCGGCUACUCUUACUCCACUGGAGAAGCUGGGACUAUUUGCGUCAGCACCACCACGUAAUUUCUCAAGUUCCACAGGUCAUUCAACAGAGAAAGACUCAUUUUCUCUGUCACCAGGACUGCAGGGUCCACCUCAGCACUUUGAGUCACCACUGAAACUCCCUCAGUUAUCUCACAUGCCACAUAUAUCAUUUACUGAAAAUCCACCUUCACCUCAGCCAAGAAGGAAACAGGCUCGGCCUCGAAGACGAUCUGGAGACUUUGGUGCUCAAGAUUUGACUAAAGGUACAACAGCAUCACCACCAUUAGAAACUGCAGAGAAUUUGUCAAUGAAAAAACCUGUGAACCACAUGCUUAGUAACAAUGUUAAUGCAUCGGCUCUUCCAGUCCAACAUGGUGCAUCUAUUCCUUCACCACAUCAAGUGCAUCCACCUCCUCUCAAACUGGAAAGUGAAGAGACUCAAAACCUUGAAUGCAGCCGUUUAGAGAUACACACUCCGGAGAGAGAUCGUGAAAGAGAGAGAGAAAGAGACAGGGAAAGGGAUCGGGAUAGACUUGACUUCUGUAACAGCACUGAAUCUGUCAAUCUUCCACCACCACCACCACCGCCAGAUGCAUCACUAGAUAAUUCUAGUUUCCCACCACUCUCAUCUGUUUCUGCACUGUCUUUAACUCCACCACACAUGUUUUCUCUUGAUUCUCAACUUGGUUUCUUUCCUGGGAUUGAAAGUUGCCGGACACCUCUGUUGAAUGAUAUUCCAGAACAGAGGACGGAAAACCACCAUAUAAUGGGCAAAAGGAAGAGCAAAUACCUGUUACAAUAAUGUCUGUUGUGUGUACAUUCAGUGGGCCGACCAAAAGGGCAGCACAGUGCUCCUAGAGGUGGACCACCACGCUCUUGGACGAAUGCUGAAUUAACUGAAGCACUGCAACAUGUAUGGAACAAGAAAAUGACAACCUCUCAAGCUUCCAGAAUUUUUGGAAUUCCUUAUAACAGUUUGCUGAUGUAUGUUCGUGGGAAAUAUGGAAAAUCAUUGAAACUGGAACAACUCAAGAAAGAUUGCCUUGGUGGGCCAACUGGUCCCUUGGAACUCUUAGGACUUGGACCUAUGGGACCAAGCCAUGGAAACAACAACAACAAUAAUAAUAACAACAAUAAUGCUUCUGGUAAGUCCAACAACCCAGAAGACAUGUUGGGACCUCCAGUCUCAGAGCAUGACUUGGUUUCAAUAGGACCGAGUUUUAACCCAUACACAGCUGCAAAUUUCUACCCUGAUUUUGCAGCAUCAUUUCCUGUACCUGUCAGCAUGAUACAUCUCCUCCCUCAGUCAGAAAAGAACCGUGAAUUGUUUGGCCCAUCAAUGCCCCUUCCCUUGGACAUCACAGCUGCAAAUAGGGAGGAUGACUGCAAAAGUGGUAGUGGACGCAAAUCAAGAGAGAACAAUAAUAGUAACGUUGAUGAAGAACAUGAAGUGAUGCAACAACCACCACCGCCAAGAGAGGACACUGCACAACUUGUGGAACAGAAUGGUCAAAACUAA